UUCAGCUGUCUUUUAAUGAAAGCAUCAAAAACAAUUUCUUCCAGUCGUUCACACAAACAAGCGAAAUCUUUCAUUCUUAAUACAUUGUAAAAUUGUUUGUUUUUAUACUCUCUUUUAGAGACAAGUCUUAAGAUUAGAUUGUGAUGAAGAAAUCCCCAUCUGAGAAUAAGUUAGUCCAAACUUAAAAAGCAUACAUUAUGAUUUAACCGAAACUUGUUGAGAUUUUUGAUGAGAAUAAGACCAAAAAAACAGAAUUACACUUUGAGAACUCUAUUUCUCAAUUGAAAACUGUCGAAAUAACACAAGGGAAGGGACAAGACAUUAAAGAGACUCCGAUUAUCACUGAUAGAAAAACGAGUAGAAAGGAAUCCGUGAAGUAUUUUAGUUAUUUAAAUGAGUAGACAAUCUUUGAGGAUAAUUACUUAACUUUGA